AUGGCUGCAAUAGCUGCGCUCGCACAGGCUGCAUCAGCAGCAGCGACGGCCAGCGUGGGUUUGGUUUUGGUGGGUGAUACCGCCGCCAAUGGUGAGAAAAGUCCCUGUGGUCCAAACAGCAUUGCAGACGGGCUGGUCGUCGACAAGUCCAGACGGAAUACGGACAGACACAUCCAACGAGCACAGACAAGCCGUGUCGCCGGCAACAAGGACCACACUGCCAAGCAUUCCUCCAGCGGUGAUUUUCGACGCAGCUGGUCCUUUGCUCCGCGACGGUCCGCCAGCGUCGACCACGUGAUCACCUCAAACCUCUUUGGCACCCAUGCCCCCACAACACACCCCACAUCAACAACCGCGGCAACGGGCCGCGGUUCGGCGUCUCCUUCCCCCCACGUGUCGACAGAGUUUCGACAACCCUGCGGAGAACCCCGCAGGGACCCCCUCAAGGAACCCCGCGGGGCUGAGGACCCUACCCCGCACACACAUUCUAUCGGCGACAGUCGCUGCACGCCAACCCCCACACGAGCACGGACGCCCAUGACGCGGGGAAGCGUUCGUCACGGCCGUUCUGUGUCGCUUUGGCAGCGCGUCUUUUCUCGCGCCGGAGGAGGAGCGUCGGCUAACGCGCGCGAUCUGCAGCAGGCGCAGCAGCAACAUCAGCGGCGAACGAGUAGUGCCAGCAGCAUAGCGAGCUCGGCCGAGUUUUCACAGGCGCUGCCUUUGCUGUGGCCCCCAGGGGUCUUUCCCUUGCUCAAGGCGGCGGCAGCCACGUCUGUGACACGGGUUAGCGUGCGGGGUGCGACUGCAUGUGUCAACGAAAACCCAUGUGGUCCCGUGUCUGGACGUGUCGAGAACGCGAAACGCGUCACGUCGAGUCUCAGGGAACGCGACAACGUGAAACCCAACGUGCAGCAGCAGCAGCAGCAGCAGCCCGACAGCGAGCCAAACCCUCUUUCGGCGAUCUCGGCUCGACUAGCCGAGUCGGUCGAUUCGACAGAUCUCGCUUGGGACGCGGAUUUUGAAGCUUUGUCGCCAUCGCUUACAAUUCCGCCGAGCUUGACCGCCGCUGACGCGCAAGUGCGUCGACAGCUCGAGCUCGUCAAGCAGCUCUCGGUGCACGUGCAAUCCAUUGCCUCUCGGGUGUGCUCGCAUGCCCGCGAGCUCGAGCCCAAGAAGCUUCUGUGGGAGGAAGCACACACCCUGCUGCUGCUCACUUCCACCACCACUACAGGCAGGACGACACCGGCCAACCCGGCGAACCGGGUCAUAGUCUCGGGCAAAUCACCGUCCGGCCCGGCCUCUCCUUCGACCCAUUUAACCGAGCACGGCUCCGCUGUUCACCGAACAUCACCGUCCGCCCACUCCCCCCACACUGCGUCAUCAGGCACACCAGAUGGCCAGGACCAUGCUUCCGGCGACACCCCUUCCUGCACCGUCGAUCCCUCCUCUCCGCUGCUAACCGACCGAGUUCGAGAACUGCUGGCCAGACUCUCGUCGUCCGACGAAGCGCGUCGAGCGAAUUACACCGCCAUCUCUGCACAGAUUCCCUUUGAGCAGGCAGCCGGCCUGCCGUCCCAGCUCCCAUUCGACGCCCACAUGCUCCCCGAACUCGUCCGCUACGUUGCGGACCUCGACCAACGCAUAAUUAAGAGCUGCAGCGCAACGUAA